AUGCGUCGUUCUGUGUCUCAAUCUACGAAUCGAAAUGAAGCAAAGUACGGAGUAUAUAUUUGUCGCAACUGUGAGUACACGCCAUACGUUUUCCAAGUCGAAGAUGUACAGUCUAUAGUAUCGUACUUUCAAGGAAUGCAAUAUAUACGUGCAAAAUCGUUGACAGAUCGAAGCGCCUCUGUCUACGUAAUUAAGAAACUUGCGGGUCAAUUUUCAGUACAUCACCGAUCCUUGUGGUGCUGUCAGUUUGACUUCGUCCUGUUAGUUGGUGAAGAAGAGGAUCGUAGAACGAUCAAAAUGUCGUUCACGGAAAAAAUAAUAUCGAUUAUGCAGAAACCAGGACAGGACCCUGUUGCCAGGGACGAUGUACCCUGGUGGAUGAAAUAUGCUGGUCGAGGACUCGGCACUGUAGGAAGCCUAAUUGCAAUUUUUCUCGGAGCAUGGAACUGUGCAUCGAUACUGUUGGGUUCUAUAGACUGCUUAAUUAGCGGCAUGUGGCAAAUGGUGGCUGGUUUUAUAGUUAUAAUGAUAGAAGCACCGUGUUGCUGUCUAUUUAUUGAUUUUGUACAAAACUUAAGCGAUUCGGUAGAGAAGAGGCCGUAUUGGAAUAGGGCAGCAGCAUAUUGUUUAAUGGCGCUUCCACCAAUCAUCGUAUGUAUAGGUGUAAGUAGCAUAUUUGGCAGCGGUCUGAUAUUCGCAACUGGUGUGAUAUAUGGAUUGAUGGCAUUAGGACGAAAGGCACCUCUACAAGAAAUGAGAUCAGCAGCCACGAAUGUUCAGGCUCCUUCGUCGAGUAUGGAAGCCACACUUGUUGAGAAUGCUCAACCGAUGGGGGUUUCCAACAAACCAGAUAGUAAUGUUUGACUUUUAAGAAUUACUUGACAAACGAUUCCUUUUUAGCGCGUGUGAUGAUGAAUGCUAACUUAGUCGAAUAACGAUCAGUCAAGUUCACGAACAUUCAUUAUCAUACUAAAUCAUUUAUUUAUAUCUGACGAGUUCACGAACAUUUUAUUGUAUUGACUAUAUGAUGGCGAUGUAUCGUUCAAAUUGUUUGUAAUACUUGAGUUAGAGUUGACAUAAAAUACUAGCUAGAAAUACAAUUAUGUCAAGUAAAAAUACCCAUUCGCCUAGGAAUGUGUUCAUGCGAUACUCAUUACAAGCAAAGACUCCAGUAAAACCCUAACAUAAUCUUUUUCUGUUACGUAUAAUCUCCAGCUUUGAUAAACUUGAUUGUUAAUAGUGUAUGAUGUUCGUAUAGAUUAUUUUUUAUUCAUUAAAACAUACAUGCCCAAAGUUGCAGGGAAUAGAACCAGAUUUCAAUUUUUCCCUUGAAAUAAUGGCAAUAUUGAUGGGUAUCGUAAAAAUUGUAUCUCGAAAUCAUUAUUCAUGGGCUUCGUAUCCAUGCUGUCUUAUUUGUGUGUCAUAAAAGAAAACUCUAAUGAUGAAAUUAAUCCUGAAGAAUAUGAGUAAUUAUCGUACACUAAUUGAUAUUGGAUGCGAUUUAAAUUUUACAUUUGAAGGAAAUGAGUUUAUAUUUCGAAGAAAAAUAACACUUCCAGAAUCAAAAUACCUCAAUAAUUUGGAACAUACAUACAUACAUAGAUGUAUAUGCAUGUAUAUGUGUGUACAUAAAAUAUAUGUGGAUAUGUGCUUAGCGAACCUUCUUAUAACACCUUUUGAGAAAUUGUUAAUGAAUAGAAAUUAGAGGAAUGUGUUCUUUAAGAGUGCAAUGGUUAAAAAUUUAUUUUGAGUGUUUUUUAAUAAUCUGAAAAAUACAAAUUAAUAUUGAACACUUAUUGGAAAGCACACUUAUUAACUUUUGUCAUUGCUGUUUGUGUAAAAAUUAUGAAGCUGUGCUAUGUAUGCUGUCAUAUUCAUGUAUAUAGUGUUAUCAUAUUUUAAUAAUUAUCUCAAUUUUCAUCCUGUGUUAUAAGAGAGCUACUGUACAUGUAUACGUGUGCAUGUGUACGUGUGCGUAUAUGUAUCUGAAUUCAUCUGUAAUUAUUUCAUGCAGUAUGUAAACUUGUGUUACAAUUAACUUUCAUACAUUCUCCUUUUCUCCGGAAUUUAGAACUCCAGAUUUAAUUUUGUAAUAGUUUAUACUUCAUUCUUGUGGCCAAAUAUAUUUUAAAAUUUAAUGGAGGUAACUAACAACUAUUUUGUGAUAUGACAAAGAGAAAGUAUAAUUAAUUGUGUCGAUACGGUCAGGUUCUCGCGACCCUGGUCUUUAUACAAUCAAUUUUUCAUUCAUUUCUCAGUCAUAAAUUUUAUAUUAUGUAUUUUUAUGCAAACAAGCAUUUAUUUCCUACUCUGGAUUAUCGCGUUACUUGAUCAUUUUCUUCCCCUACAUUCCUAUUUAUAGUUUAUUUAUUUAUUAAGAACAUAAGACUAUAGAAGCGUUAACUCUUGAACCAAUUUAUCAAUCCUUUAGUGUUGAUUUUUAUAUUAAAUUUGCCAAAUGAAUUUAAUUUAAAUGCCAUUUUUAGAGGCAUGCUGAUGAUUGUAUUAUUAUAGUUACUAUUACAAACCCUGUGUUUAUUGUAAUUCCUAUAAUACAUACAUAUUAUUGUGAUUAUAUAUAUUUAAAUAGUUUUUAUCCAUUUUAUGUUUAUCGUAUGUAACAAAGUAUACUAGAAUAACAUAAAACAAAAACGUAGAUAGCAUUAAUUAGUGUGCAUAAAAGGAAACAAUUUCAUUAUUCGUUGAAUAUAUUUCAUGUUAUUCUAAAGUUUUUAAUUUUAACUUUCUAAUUUUGUAAAAAUUACAAAAUAUUUGACAAAUUGUGUUAUUAAAAGAAUAUGUUACCGAUCUCGAUGUUAUAAAAUUUAUCAAUUACAAACAUUUGUGUAUAAUGUUUAAUAGUAUAACUGAUUAUGUAAAUAUGCAUCAAAUAUCAGGCUGACAAAUAUUAAUUUCCCGCACGACUUUAUUUCAUUCGAAUGUCUGCGAACAGCUCCAUUUAUGUUAUGCAAAAUAGAUCAUACGAAGGAAAUAUGAAGGAAACGUUCUAAACAAUGUAAGAAAAUGUAAUAUGUGUAAUAUGUAUCGUAAAUGUCAAGCGUGGCACUUUAUUGAUAUUGUAAGAAACGGUACGAUGGAACAUGAUGGUUAUAUUUCUCUGUUACAAAAAAGUGUGUUCAAAAGUUCAAUGAUUUAUAACUUAACGUGUACUCUUGACAAAUUAUUAUUGGAAAGAAUCGUAUUCUAUACCAAAAAUCUCAAUGUACAUUGUUCACUAUAAAUCAAUGAAUUGCAUAUAAAUUUAAACUAAAAUGUUUCUUCGAACUAUUUUGAAAUAUACGUAGAUAUUCGACUUCCAUUACGUGAAAUAUCAGUAGAAGUAUUUAUUACUCGUACAGUACUUAGCAACUACGCGAAUGAUAUCAUAUCGAUAGUUUAGAGCAGGUAUGUUACCUGAGAGAGUACUCCUGAGAAAAAGGGCAAUUCCAUGUAAAAUUGAUCUCUUAGUGCGCUUAAGAUCAGAGGCUUAGAUAAAAGUGAAAUAUGGAAUAGUCCACGUGAAAUAAAUUGGAGAUUUAAACCA